CUCACGCCGCCUCGCGUCCUGUGGUCUGCUGCCGCUGCUCAUUGUCGCUACCGCGGCCCUGUAUGACAGCCCUUAUCGCGUGCCGUACGACGAUGGAAAAAAUAUACUUCCUUACGUUAAGUCGGGAUCGAUGUCUGCAAACGGGCCAAACCAGCCACCUCUCCUGCCACUUCUCAUGGCUGAUGCCAUCUUACAGAACAACGUCCAGGCACUUAGAAAUUACGACGAAUUGCACAAGUUUCACCCAGAAACUGUUGGAGUAAUAAAAUAUCUCAAUGAUCUUUUGAAGAGCAAGUUACAUGACACACUAUCUGCCGUGGGUGCACGAAACAAUCAACGUGGUCGCAAUUUCUUCAUGAACUUCUUACCGCAUGCAACUGAUUUUGGCAACUUAGCACGUGGGUUGGACGACCGUUUCAAAGCACGACAAAACUCCAGGUGGUCAACUAAUUUCAUGAACACUGCAGGGCUGCCUACUUUAGACCUGACGGCGAAUGAUCUAACUACGUCUUCCGAGGUUGAUGCUGGAAUGGAAACCUUGCAUGGUACUAAAACCGGACAGCCACCAACCGGUGCAGAAGACACCUUUUUGUCACCCCUUAAUGUGACAGACAAGACGCAGAGUAGAUCUGAUGGAACAGGCCCCAUCCAAGAAGAAACAGAACGUUAUCAUGACGGUACAACUUAUGAGGAAAUAUAUCCUGGUAUUCAAGACGAGGAAACUCCCUACGCUGUCAAUGCAAAGAGGCAGCUUCGUCCGUGGUGGGCCGGUGCUAAGAGAAGCCAAGGUCUCCGUAAUGACUUCAAGAGGACUGCGACCAAUAGCGACCUGCGAAGUUUCCUCAAACGCCAGCUCAACCUUGGAAAUCGCUUGAUGUGCCAGCUCGACGUCAGGAAUUGUUGAAGACAGGCCGGACGACAGCCAUGUGGGCCACCGCAACAGACAGACGUACUUAGUCAACGUCAUGACUCUGUCAGCCAAUCACCGUUCAGUGUUCAAGCUAAAUACUCAAUAUUUUAAAGUAUAGAAAAAACUGAUAGCGAGGAUCGACCCACUAUCUUGAAAAGAGAUAAUAAACUGGAAUAUUACGCUCAUAACCUGUGAACAUUAAAUUCCCUGAAUAAAGAUUUUUGUUGACCGCAAAAAACUUUGAACUAAGAAGCCAUGGGCCUUUUUUCAAUGCCGAUACUUCUAAGACUUUUUCAGUUGAAUUUUUUUGCGAUACUUUGAUACACAAAUU